AUGUCGACUAUAGUAUUAUCAGAAGACAACCUCACUUUGGAUGACUUUCUCCAGCUCCAAUCCUUGUUGAAUCAUGAACAAGGUGAAUGUGAGAAGCAUAUUGAAGCGUGCCAGCAGCACCAACAGCAACAGCAACAACAACAUCACCAUAAACCUCACGUCCAUCCUGUCCACCAUCACCAUGCUCGCCCUGUCAAGUUCCGUCGUGCCAUCAGCUCUGAAGCAGCGCAUGAAUCUCAACAGGAGAAGCAGCGUCUUGCUCAAGCUUUACUGACAUUGCAGUAUCUCAAGGACCAAUACAGACGCCAACGCGCCGCAGAAAUCCAAGCUUACCUCAAUGAAUAUCGUCGUCAAGCUUUGAUUAGUAGUAUCUUGCGAGAAGAGGAAGAAAGAUAUUAUCGUCAAUGCAUCGCAGCUGCUUUGGAGCAGCGACGUGUAAAUCUACUCUGGCAACAAUUUGUGGAGGCCAAGAAGCAAGAGACGUUACUUCAGCAACUGCAAAAGCAAGAAUUGUGCGAGCAGUUGGAGCAGCAACAGCAAGAGCAGGUGCGCGAAGAAGAAGAAGAAGAAGAAGAAGAAGAGGAUGAGGAGGAAGAGGAGCAAGAUGAUGAUGGCUACUCGGAAUAUCACUCUCAACAAUUGGCUAAUCUGUUGAAGCAAAUAUUUGCUCAGCAACAGCAGCAGCAACAGAAGGAAUCAGACGAAACAAUGUCUCCAUCUCCCGCUCCCGUGCCCGCCGCCAAUGUCAACGUUAACAGCAAGUCGAAAGACGAUGAGCAAAAGUCCAUGGCAGAGGUUUGGAAAUACCUUAAUGAACAAAAGGCCGACUCCGAAACGCCUCGAAAUGCAUUUUUGUCCUCAGAGCAAGACCGGGUAUUAGGCUCCGGUGAGGCGUCACCACACCAAGAAGAGCAGACUGUGGAAACGAAUCCACAAGAUGAGCAACAGGAAGCAGAAUCUAUUGGUAGCCCUGCAUCUGUCUUAUCGGAUGAAGAUCAAAUUAAGGCACUACCCCCUUUGCAAGAUCAUGUGGUGACAUUGCAAGACUUGAUCCAAAAGCUAGCCGCAGAGCCUGUCCUUGUGGGUGAGGAAUACAACAAAUUCGAUGCUCCUCCCGCUCCAUCUUUGAGCAAGGACGUGCCUUUGAAGGAACGCACCCUGCCUACACCUCUUGAUACUGGCAAGGCCACUGCAAACGACACAGCAGCAGCAGCAGCAGCAGCAGAAACAGCAGACCACGGCAAGGACAAGAAGGAUGUAGAAGAAGACAAGGCAGAGAAGCCAUUUUUGCCUCAGCACAUCUUCACCGAAGCUGAGCCUACCCCUACACUGGAAAAUAUGCCCAAUACACCACUGGACAACGCAUCUAUCAAGGAUGAGUCUCAUUUUGCUGAUACAAUUGCAGCUGAGCAACAGAAUCAAGAAAUACCAGCUGAUCCACGCAAAGACAAGGCCAACGAGGAAUUGGAUCAUAUCUCUGACCAAUUGUCUCAUAACAGUGAUCUUGUCCAACGCUGGAACUCAGUGUUAUCACAUGCAAGCAACCUUAGCUUUAGUAAACAGCCUGAAGGUACAUUACUGUUGACUGCAUCUACAGAUGCUAAUCGUCAAUUCUUGGGAUCUGAGGACGAAAUCAUGCGGGUAAUGCUAAAAUUGGAUUCGAUUGAUUCAUUUGGAGACGACGACAUUCGACAAAAGAGAAAGAAGCUUGUCAAGAAAUGUGAACACAUGUUGGAGGAAUUGGAUCAAGUCAAGAAAACUCAAUGGGAAAAAGUUGUUUCCUCCAAUAAACAGGGCCACACCAAUCGUCGCCGCCGCAAUAAGAAGAAGAAGCAUCACAGAAAAUAA